UAAAAAACUACUACACAGUCAAAAAGGUGUUGGAAAAGUUUCUCUGAGCGGCGUGAAGCUUGGAGCAGCGGCUCUCAUGGCGGUUCCACCAUCGGAAACUGAAUCCACGGGAAACGGAACAUUUCUUUCACAAUUUUAUUCUCAUUACCUUCGAAAUCGAAUCCACGCUCUCUAUCCCUACUUCCCCAGAAACUUUUUCUCCAAUUUCGCUAUCCGCUUCAGAUCAACCCCGCGUCGGGAAUGUCUCCCUCUUCCGUUACCUUCCUCUUCGUUCGACUCUCCCGUGCUCGUUACCAAGAGAUCGAGAGUGCAUGGUAUUGUGGAGGGCAUAUUGGAGCGUGUUUUGAUGAAUUUGCAUAGCGUUCAAAAGAAUCUUCAGUUCUGGCAGUUCAGAGCUAAAAGGUCAGAUUCCGAGAAGGCACGUUUCAUGAUUUUUGAGAGGGGUCCAAGGGCUUUUGUUGAUGAAACAGCCAAGUUGUUACGUGGACUCACUGCUCAGGGUUCGUCUUCACGGAGUCUGUGCCAAUCUGCGUCUGAUUUUAUCGACGAGAGAGUAGCUGUUUUGAGUUCCUUAAGAUGUUCACUUGCCACAUUUUUAGCUCAGGUUUAUAUGGAAGUUGAUAAAAUUGGAGAGGAUUUAGUAGCAAAUCCAGAGAAAGAGCUGCCGUCGUUGUUAGUUACAAUUAGUGAUUUGUUUUCUACAUUAGAAGCUUCAAUUGGGCAUCUACAUGCAGUGCGUGAGAGUGAUUCUUCAGUUGACGGGACCUAUUCAAUCCCUCUGCUAUUUGAGAAGGUGCCAGAAAUAAAUCAGGAAGAAUCUCAGUGGACAGACUGUGAAAUAAGAAAUGCUAUCAAUUCAAUUUAUCAAAAUUUAGACAAGCUCGACGCAUACAUAUCUCUUCUUGUCAUCAAACAUAGAAAGCCGAGGAAAAUGACUCAAUAUUGGAUACGCUAUACAUUUGGUGCAGUUGGUCUGUCAGUAUGCUCAAUUUGGCUCUUACGGCAUAGUAGAUUGGUGGGAAGUUCUGAUCUUGAUAAUUGGAUUUUGGAAGCUAAGAACUCAACAAUUAGCUUUUUUAAGAAUCAUGUAGAGCAACCGAUUUUAUCCAUUAGGGACGAACUUUUUGAGACAUUCAGGAAGAGACAUCAAGGUAUUAUGGAGCUUGAAGAGGUGCAGUUAACUUCUAACUCAUUACACAGGAUGUUGUUGGCAUUCAGUGAGCAGGCAAAGGGUAAGAAUAUCCCAGCGAAUGCUUCAGACCAGGAAAUGCUUGAGAUAGUCAUGGAUAGGUAUGAGAAGGAACUCAUGCAUCCUAUUCAAAACCUUCUGAAUGGAGAGUUGGUUCGCGCUAUACUUAUUCAGGUUCAGAAGCUCAAGCUGGAUACCGAGACGGCAAUGCUAGAGCUGAACCAGAUUCUACGGGCAAAUGAAAUCAACUUUGCCGUUUUGACCGCUUUACCUGCAUUCUUUCUGUCUCUUUUACUAAUCAUGGUAGUACGUGCAUGGUUCAAACAGGAUACCAAAGCUGAGGGAAGAGGUCGACUCGCUCGCAUUCAGCGGAGGUUACUUGUUGCUGAGGUUAAGAAAAGGAUUGUGCGGUACCAACAUUAUGUUGACCAAGGGUUGGAGAGAGAUGCACAAUGUAUGUUUGGAUUGGCACUCUAUAGCCUGAAUCGCCUAUAUCACUCUGUCAAAUGGCACGCACAAGCUUCUGGAGAGUGGGAAAGUUUGCGUGAGGAUAUAGUAGAUUUGGCAGCCCCUGGACUACAAACUUCCGACAAGCUCUCUGUGAUAUCACACAUGGUUACAUAUGACUGCUUGCUUCCAAGUCAGAGCCGCCGGUAGCAUAUUUUUUCUUAAUUCUUUGAAUUUCUGGCUACUUUGAAAUCCAAUUUUGUUUUGGGUUAUGCAUAUCUACCUCACGCAUGGUGACAUUUUAUC